CUUCUACAUAACUUCAUGGGAAACACUCGGUUGAUUUUGGCUAUUAUGGCAGUAGUGAUGCUGUCUAAUUUUGGGGUUUCAUUCUCUACGAAAUCAACAGCCAACAUCGGCACAGACCAGUUGGCUCUUCUUGCACUAAAAGCCCGUGUCAACAGUGAGUUUUUGGCAGCCAACUGGUCAACUGCUACAUCUAUUUGCAAUUGGGUUGGUGUCACUUGCGGAUCUCGACACCACAGAGUCAUUGCAUUGGAUCUAUUCCGCAUGGACCUCUUUGGCACCAUACCAUCAGACAUGGGAAAUUUGUCUUUUGUUGUUUCCCUUGAUAUUGGGAGCAACUAUUUUCAUGGCUCGUUGCCCAUUGAGUUGGCUAAUUUGCGCCGGCUGAAAUUUCUAAUCUUGUCUAACAAUAAUUUCGAAGGGAAAAUCUCAUCUUGGUUUGGUUCUUUCGUUAAACUUCAACGUUUGGAAUUAGAGUGUAAUAACUUUAUGGGAGUUAUCCCAGGGGAAAUCGGAAAUCUUCCUAGCUUAAAAUAUUUAUAUUUGCAUUACAAUCAGUUUUCAAGCUCCAUACCUUCCUCAGUCUUCAACAUAUCUUCGUUAGUAGAGAUUGUUCUCGCAGGCAACCAGCUAAGUGGUUCCAUACCUUCCAUCCCGUUCAACACGUCUUCCCUGCAAAGAAUUGAUUUGUCAUAUAACAAUCUCACUGGUCGUAUCCCAUCUGAUAUGUUUGAUCAUUUACCUAGAUUAAAUUUGCUUAGUUUUAGUUUUAACCUCCUUUCUGGCCCGAUUCCAAUGAGUUUAUUCAAGUGCCAAGAGUUACAAGGACUAUCCUUAUCCUAUAAUUAUUUGGAGGGAACUAUACCAAAAGAAAUAGGAAACUUGACAAUGCUUAAGAUCCUAUUUCUCGGAAGCAACAACUUCAAAGGGCCUAUUCCUUCCACCAUUGGUAACCUAACACUUCUGAAAGUACUUGCUUUUAACUCCAAUAAUUUGACAGGUAAAAUACCACUUGAGAUAGGCAGCCUACCAAAUUUGGACAAUUUGAACUUGGGAAAUAACAGUAUCUCCGGACAUGUCCCUCCUGCUAUCUUUAAUAGCUCAACUGUAAGGGUCAUUUCACUCUCUUUAAACCAACUCUCAGGUUGUCUUGCAUGGAGCACAGGACUUUGGCUUCCAAAACUUGAACAGCUUUUUCUUGAUAUAAAUGCGUUCAGUGGAACAAUACCUACCUCCAUCUCCAAUGCCUCUAAGCUAACAGACCUUGACUUGUCAUCUAAUUCAUUUUCUGGAUAUAUUCCCAAUGAUUUCGGAAAUCUAAGACAUCUGCAACGGCUCAACCUAGAAAAUAAUGCUUUAGCAAGCACACCUUCGACCCCAGAAAUCAGCUUUCUCUCAUCUUUAGCAUAUUGCAAAAACUUGACAUUCUUGAAAUUUGAUGCUAAUCCAUUGGUAGAUGGUGAACUUCCCAAGUCUAUAGGAAAUCUCUCUACUUCCCUGCAAAUAUUCACUGCUUCGUACUGCAACAUUGGAGGGAACAUUCCUGGAGAGAUUGGCAACCUAAGCAACUUGAUCCGCUUGAACAUAAAUAACAAUGAACUGAUAGGAUCUAUUCCGACCACAAUCGGAAGAUUAGAAAAGUUGCAGGGUCUUUACCUUGAAGACAAUAAGUUAGAAGGAUCCCUUCCAUCUGACUUAUGCCGUUUGCGGAGUUUGGGUUUCUUGCAUCUCACAGGUAACCAAUUGGGUGGACCAAUACCAGCAUGCUUGGGUGAUAUCAUUUCUCUUAGAGAACUAUUUGUUGACUCCAACAAGUUAAUUGGCUCAAUUCCCUCAACCUUCACAAGGCUUAUAGAUAUCUUGCAAUUAAACUUGUCUUCCAAUUUUCUUAGCGGGGCUCUCCUAGUUGACAUUGGAAAGUGGAAGGUUGUUACAAUUAUUGAUUUUUCCAAAAAUCAAUUAUCAAGUGAAAUUCCGAGUAGCAUUGGUGAUCUUGAAGGCCUAACUUAUCUUUCAUUAUCCGAUAACAGAUUGUAUGGGUCUAUACCUGAGUUAUUUGGUGGGCUGAUAGGAUUGGAAUUCUUGGAUCUAUCAAGAAAUAAUUUUUCUGGAAUUAUUCCAAAGUCCUUGCAAAAACUCUUGCAUCUCAAGUAUUAUAAUGUCUCAUUCAAUAGACUGCACGGAGAAAUUCCUAACGGAGGACCCUUUGCCAAUUGCUCAAUCCAAUCAUUUAUGGGGAAUCAAGCACUAUGUGGUGCACCUCGACUACAACUCCCACCAUGCACAAGUAAUUCUGCUCAACAUUCAAGGAAAGCUAUUAAGCUUAUAGAAUUUAUUCUAUUGCCAGUUAGCUCAACGCUAUUAAUUCUAGCCUUAAUUGUCUUUUUCUUCCAAAGCCGAAGAAAGCAUUCAAAGCAACAAAUUGAUCGAGAAAAUUCCAUUGGUUUAGCAAAGUGGAGAAGAAUUUCAUACCAAGAGCUCCAUCAAGCCACAAAUGGUUUUUGUGAAAGCAAACUACUUGGUGCGGGGAGUUUUGGCUCGGUAUACCAAGGUGCUCUUUCAAAUGGAUUGAACAUUGCCAUAAAAGUCUUUAAUUUGGAGGUAGAAGGAUCAUUUAAGAGCUUUGACGUUGAGUGUGAGGUCUUGCGCAACAUUCGCCACCGGAAUCUAGUCAAGAUCAUCAGUAGUUGCUGUAAUGUUGAGUUUAAAGCCUUGGUACUUGAGUUCAUGCCUAAUGGAAGCCUUGAGAAGUGGUUGUAUUCUCAUAACUACUUUCUCGAUACCUUACAAAGGUUGAACAUUAUGAUUGAUGUGGCCUUCGCAUUAGAAUACCUCCAUCAUGGUCAGACAAUUCCUGUGGCCCAUUGUGAUUUAAAACCCAACAAUGUUCUAUUAGAUGAAGACAUGGUUGCACAUUUGGGUGAUUUUGGCAUUGCAAAGCUGUUAGGUGAAGAGGAUUCAACAGUACAAACCAUAACACUAGCAACAAUUGGGUAUAUGGCACCAGAAUACGGAACACAAGGAGUUGUUUCCAUAAAAGGCUACGUGUACAGUUUUGGUAUUCUUCUAAUUGAAACCUUAACAAGAAAAAAGCCCACAGAUGAAAUGUUUGUUGGAGAAAUGAGCUUAAUACAUUGGGUGACUGAGUCAUUACCAUGUGCAUUAACUCAAGUUGUAGAUGCCAAUUUGCUAAUUUGUUCCGAGGCACGAGAACAUUUUGCAAUAAAAGAUUGUGCAUUGUCUGUUUUGCAAUUGGCAUUAGAAUGUUCAAAAGAGUUGUCAGAAGAGAGGAUUGACAUGAAAAACGUUGUUGCUCAAUUGAAGAAGAUCAAAAUCAAGUUUUUGAAGGAUUCGAACAAGCAGGCUUGA